CGGAGGUUGUGACAAUAAUGGCCCCUGUUGUAAAACGGCCUAAGAUUGCAUGGAGCGAUGACUUGAGCCACGACUCUGAAGAGGAUAGAGAAAAAGAACGUCUAGCUCAGUUGGAGCGUGAACUAGAACAAACGCGCGAACAAAAACCAAUCUACGAUCCAGAAGAAUUAGAGAAGCUUGUAGACUACGUGGUUAGGAUGACCACAAUAUAUGACCUUCGCCCUGAAGACUGGACACCAGACACAAGACAGCGCAUCGAAGACUGGUUCCUCGAACCGAAGAGCCUCAUACUCUCCAUAUAUUUCAAAGGAGAAAAGCUCAAAGCUAGUUUCGAUAUACCUUUAUCCCCUGUGUACGAUUUGACGUACUUCAUAAGACCUCCUGAUUUUGUGUUUAAAGCUGAGACGUUUCACGAUGACAUCGUCUUCGGGACGUUCAGGGAUUCCAUUGAGGCGAACGUGAUUAAUAUGAUGGAGUAUGUGUAUGCUCCUUAUUUCUUUGCUAUUACUGCUUGGCCUGAUAGCGUCAAAAGCGAGUUCUGCACCCACAUACACACGUUCCUUGCUAAGCUAACCGACAUGUACUAUAAAAUGUUAGGUCUAACUGUCCUAUACAUACCCCGAGAAGGUCAACACUUGUCUUUUGAACAAGCCAGUGCAGAUCGAGAGCUGGUGAAAAGGCUUGAAGGUGUAGUCGUCUACUGGACGCAUCAGAUCAAGUCUUGUUUGGAAGACACGGCCUUUGUAGCUUCGCAGAGAGAAUUGCUGUGUCCUAGCGAUGAAUAUGACUUCUGGAUUUAUAGACAUGAGAACUUAAACGCCUUACUUCACCAAUUAAAAAACCCAGCAGUGAAACACAUCACCAAGAUCCUCGUCACCACGCAUUCCACCUUUAUACACCAGUUUCAGUCUCUAUGCGAAGACAUCGUCCAGAAGGUCAGAGAGGCGACCUCGAACAUAGAAUACUUACAGGUUAUAAAGCAGCCUUGCGCAGUUCUGGAGUGCGUGGUGGACCCUGACGAGAUAUCGAAGCACAUUCCUCAUAUCAUCAACCUAUUUCGCUUUAUAUGGAUGGAAUCUCCCACUUACAACUCUGAGGUGAGAAUCACGAAUCUGUUCAAAGCUUUGAGCAACCAGAUCAUCAUUCUCUGCCGGAAUUACAUCAAGCUGGAUGACCUUUUUGACGGUAAUACGAUUAAGGCAUUAGGAGAAUUCAGUAAGUGCAUCGACUGCUGCAAGAAGUACAGGGAGAUUUAUGACGUCAUGGCAGAGGCUCAUAAUGAAGAGAAUCCUAACAGCUGGGUGUUAGACACCGGGUCUAUCUUCAACUAUAUCGACUCCUUCAUUCAGAGGUGCUUCGACAUGCUCGAUGUUUGCAACUGCAUGAUUAUUUUUGGAAGAAUAAACGAAUUCGAAAAUAUGAACAAGCCAUACUUCGGUGGCGCUCGAGGAGAUCAGUUUGAAGCUAAAUGCGAGAAGAUUGAGCGCAUGUUCUUUGCAGCGUUGCUAGACGUAAAGGCAGUGGGAAAUACUAUCUUAGACGUGCAGGCUCCUUCGUGGUAUGACGACAUACUAGCCUUCAGAACUGUCAUCAAGGAUAUUGAAAUCAUCAUAGAGAACCUCGUAGACACUGUGUUUGAAAGCGUCAACCACGUGGAGGAGGCGGUGGUCGCGCUGUAUUCUCUAAACAACUAUUCUAAGCGGAAGAACUUGAAGCGAGUUUUCAAGAGGAAGACUUCCGAGGUGACUACUUGCAUGUGGGCGAUGUUCAGUGAAGAGGUCCAGGAGUCCAAGAAGGAUAUGGUGUCCACACGAAGCCACUACCCAGCUGACAUGCCGUCAUACGCAGGCAGGGCCUCCGUGCUCAAGAUGAGGAAGAAUAGACUUGUGUACCUUAAAAAUAUAAUGACAGAUGCGUCUGCGUGGCUGCUACCUUGCAGUAGCUCUGAAGAUGUGAUUAUGCACGUGAAUAGGCUAAUGGGAGCUAUUGAUGUCGCCAUUAGGGAGCUCUGGAUAGCCUGGACGCACAACUUGGAUGAAAAAUGUGGCGCAGGGCUGAACAAGACCUUGAUGAGGAAGAGUGUAGAGUUUCCUGGACUAUUGGAGUGUAACAUUGAUGUGUGCAUUCAAUAUCAGGUUUACUCAAAGAGUUCAACUAUAAACUACGUGUACGAGAGCGUAUUGGCCGUGGUGAAGGGAUACAACAAGAUCCUGGACUCUUUGUCUGAAGAGGAGAGGCUGCUGUUCAAACCUCUCAUCACGGCUUGUGAGAAAAAAGUGCAACCGGGAAUUACGAAACUUACGUGGACUUCUACAAUGUCCGAUGCAUACAUUGCAGAUUGUGUUAUGCAAAUUGGAGAACUUCAAGAUUUCCUAACUACAUACAAAAAUUGUAAUGUUAAUUUAGUAAAAAUUAUGGAAAAGAUUUGUGAUACUCCUUUCGUGGAGUUUGAUAUUUAUAACGUUUUUGAUAUUAAAGCUCUUAGGGCCAAAAUACGGCAAAUGGAGAGUACAGCUAUGGAUUCCGUAUUAGACAUGUAUAAAUUAAUAGUGAUUUACCUCGUCAUAGUUUAUGAAGGCUUCGAAGCUUAUAUUACUCAGAUGGCAGAACACUGGAUUAAAUAUGUUAGAAGAUUUGAUAUUCUUUUAGAAGACGCUUUGAGGUUGGGUAUAAAAUCAACAAUGCAAAAUAUGUAUAAGUGUGUACAUGGAGAUGGAACAAUGGCACCAUCACCCUUGUUGAAAAUGGAUCUCUACCUUGUUGGGAAGAAUAUAACUUAUAUACCUUCAAAAAUAGAAAUCCAAGAUACAUUCACGACAGUUCUUGAAGAAAUAGUCCAUAUAUUAAGUUCAAUUCCUCGUUUGUACGAAAAAUUUUCGCUACCUUCUGGUGGCUUACGAAAGUUUUUUGAAGUAAUAGCUACGGAUCAAGAUUGUAAUAAAUUGCAGAAAUUAAUUAACGAGGAAAUUGAUUACAAUAUUCAGUUAGUUAUCGAUCACUUAACAAUGUGGGAUCCUUACAUGCAUAUUUGGAAAGUAGACAAAGACGAAUUUUUAGAAAACUAUCGAUCUGAAAAGCAUACUGCAGAAGAAUUUGAUGAACUUAUUAUAAACUACAGUAAUCUUGCUAACUCUAUUCAAAUUCAAGAAACUAUCAAUCAGAUUCAUUUCAUAACUCUCAACUCAAGUGAGUUAAAGAAGUCUAUCAUAUCUCACUGCAUUGUUUGGCAAACCAAGUUAGGAGAAUUAUUACGAAGUAUUACUGAGGCUGAUAUUGAUGUAGUCUACAAUUACGUCGAAAAGAGCAGUGAAGAAGCUAUGAAGGUACCUCAAGAUUUAAAGGAGCUCCAAGAAAGUAUUGAAACUUAUGAUCGUUUGAUAUCAGAAAUAUCACAAAUGGAAAAAACUUUCCCUCCCAUAUCUGAUCAAAUGGUGACAUUGGUUAAAUUCGAGGUCGAACUCAGUUCUGAUAUGACAACUCGUCAUGAAAAUAUACCGGUGCUAUGGGAAGGAUAUUUGGGUGUCUUGGAAGAAGCUAAAAAGAAUCUCGAAGCAAAUAAAGAAAAAUUCAAAACGGGCCUAUUGGAUCAAGCUGAAAUAUUUAAAGAAGCGGCUAAAGAGUUCUGCGAAGAAUUCUAUAAGACAGCACCAAUUACUUCUGAUAUUAGUGGCAAGGACGCUCUGGCCCAAUUGAAAGCUUUUAGGGAACAACUAAAUGCAUUACGUGCACAAGAACAAGCCAUACGUGAUGGCCUUGCUGUAUUCAAUUUAACUACACCAGUGAAUCUGGAUCUUCUGAAGAUGGAGAAGGAAUUGGAGAAGCUGGAAGAAGUUUGGGGCUUGGUAAAUCAGUGGGAAGAGUCCUGGGAAAAAUAUAAAACUCAAACGUUUUGGGAAAUGGAGACUGAUGAAAUGGAAGAAAAUGUCAUGUUUUUGUUCAGGAAUUUUAAUAAACUGUCGCGACAGUUAAAAGACAGAAAUUGGGAAAUCAUUGACACGACAAGAGUUAAAGUUGACGCGUUCAGAAGAACUUUACCUCUAAUAGGUGAUUUAAAGAAUCCCUGCAUGAGGGAGCGCCAUUGGGAUAGAAUUAAGGCACUCAUGGGCGUCGAGUUUGACCAAAACUCAGAGGAUUUCAAAUUGGAUUUGAUCAUGAAACUGAAUUUCCAAGCUUAUGCUGAAGAAAUAGCAGAAAUCUCUAAUGCUGCUACUAUGGAACUUAACAUUGAGAAUGGGCUUAAAGCGAUCAGAGAAGUUUGGAAAAGUACCAAAUUCGAGAUGCAACAUCACAGAGGAGAUAUUUAUAAAAUUAAAACUGUAGACGAUGUUAUGCAGUUUCUUGAAGACCAUCAAGUGCAGCUCUCGUCAAUGAAAUCGACAAAAUAUGUUGAACCGUUUAUUAAAGAAGUAGAUUACUGGGAAAAGUCUUUGGGAUAUAUAGCUGAGUGUAUUGAGAUUUCUUUACAAGUUCAACGGCGUUACCUUUACUUAGAAACUAUUUUCAUUGGUGAAGAUAUAAGAAAGCAACUGCCAGCAGAAGUUUUAAUAUUUGAUGCACUUACUUCUGAUUGGACAGAAGUUACAAAGAGCAUGCAUGCUGGGAAAAAUGCAGUAGAAGCUUGCAUAUACAAGCCACAGCCUUACUUAUUUAAUAAAUUGAACCAAAUGGUGGACAAUUUGGAUGGUAUUCUGCGAGCAUUAGAAAAAUAUCUAGAGACAAAGCGUCAACUUUUUCCAAGGUUUUAUUUUAUAUCCAAUGAUGAUAUGUUGGAAAUUCUUGGAAAUUCAAAGAAACCAUCUCUAAUACAAGUGCAUUUGAAAAAGUUAUUUGAUAAUGUGACUAGAAUAAGGAUUGAUAAGAAAAAGGUCAUAGAUUUUAUAGAGAGUCCAAUGAUGUUUGAUCCAAUCAAGAUAUAUUGUAAAAGAAACUUACUGAAGCUACAGCAGAGUAGAAAUAAUUCCAAGUAUCAGGACAAGGAUCUGAAGACAUUCAAAUCAGUACAUCGGAUAGCUUGUUGCAAGGCUAUAUACUCACAUAAUUGGAACAAACUUCUAUAUUUGCUGAAGAAAUGCCCUCCCUGGGAACAUAACUGGAAAGAUGUCAAUGAAGCUGCUCUGUAUACUAGGGCUCUGGUUAUCCUCAUCAUGUACCACCCAACUUCACAAGCACUGGGACUUUUAAAUGAAUACCUCCACUUAAACCCUAUGGGUCUCCCAAUAGCCAAGGCCAUGACUUCAGAAGAUGGAGAGUGUGUGGAAUGGAAGUAUAACCUUGUGUUGGACGGUCCUGCUGAAGCCUGGCUGCUAGGGUUAGAGCAUACCAUGAGGGUCGUGCUUAGAGAUCAACUGAUAUUGACGAGAGCGGCUCUGAGAAAGUGUAAGUACCAAAGAGAGACGUGGAUCAACGACUGGCCAGGACAACUUGGGAUCACUGCUAGCAAGAUUCAAUGGACAUCAGACUGCACACGGACGCUUUGUCGUUGCGAGAUAAUGAAAGAAAAGAAACCUCUAAAGAAAUUACGCAAGAAACAGAAUCAAAUCCUCACCACGCUACAGAUGAUGUCGCGUAAAGAGAUCAGCAAGAUUUUGCGAGCUAAAGUCAAUGCUCUGUGCGUCAUUGAGAUACAUUCCAGAGAUACUGUUGAUAGGAUGUAUAAGAUGGGAUGUAUGAAUGUGACCGCGUUCGAGUGGUUCUCGCAGCUGAAGUUCUACUGGGACCGAGAGCGAGAGGACUGUUACAUCAAACAGACCAACACCAACUCCAUUUACACGUAUGAAUAUAUCGGCAACUCGGGGCGGCUCGUCAUCACGCCGCUUACAGACAGAUGCUAUAUAACGCUAACGACAGCACUGCAUUUGUUCCGUGGUGGAAGCCCUCAAGGUCCCGCCGGUACUGGCAAGACCGAGACGGUGAAGGACCUGGGCAGAGCCCUAGCCAGAUGGGUGGUCGUCACCAACUGCUCAGACGGACUCGAUUAUAAGUCCAUGGCUAAGUGCUUUGCUGGUAUUGCCCAAAGCGGUUGCUGGGGUUGUUUCGACGAGUUCAACCGCAUCAACAUCGAGGUACUGUCGGUAGUGGCGCAGCAGAUCCUGGCCGUACUGCUCGCUCUCUCACUCUUCCAGAAGCGGUUCAUGUUUGAAGGGAACGACAUCAAAAUCGACGCCAACUGUGGCAUCUUCAUUACUAUGAACCCUGGUUACGCGGGUCGUACGGAGUUGCCAGACAACUUGAAGUCCAUGUUCCGCCCGAUCGCGAUGUGCGUGCCGGACUCACUGAUCAUCGCUGAGAACACUCUUUUCUCUGACGGGUUCACUGCUUACAAAAUCAAUGCUAAGAAGGUGUUCACUCUAUAUCAGCUAGCAAUGCAGCAGCUCUCAAAACAAGAGCACUAUGACUUUGGGCUCCGGUCCAUGGUCGCACUAUUGCGGUAUGCUGGUAUCAAGAGGAGGGCUUACCCUAACUUGCCUGAACAGGAGAUGGUGAUUCUAGCGAUGAGAGACAUGAAUGUAGCUCGUCUCACAGCGAAGGACGUGCCUCUGUUCGACGGCAUCAUGCAGGACAUUUUCCCUGACGUGGAGAUCCCCACCCUGGACUACGAGCUGCUGGAGACUGCCAUCACGGCUGAGAUGAGGCUAGCUGGGCUCCAACCUGUUAGGGCAGCUCUGCAUAAAGUUAUACAGACUUACGAAACUAAGAAUUCCCGUCACUCGAGUAUCCUCCUAGGCGAUACGAACACAGCUAAGUCAGUAUCCUGGAGGAUGCUGGCUGCGACCCUGACUAGACUCAACAGGGAGAAGCAGCCAGGGUUCGAAGUAGUCCACACAUUCCCCAUGAACCCUAAGGCGCUGACUCUGGGAGAGUUGUACGGGGAGUAUAACCUGGCUACUGGAGAGUGGAAGGAUGGUGUACUGUCUUCUAUCAUGAGGACCACUUGUCAAGAUGAUUCUCCGGAUAUGAAGUGGAUUAUAUUCGACGGUCCAGUGGACGCUAUAUGGAUAGAGAACCUCAACUCUGUGAUGGACGACAACAAGCUGCUCACUCUGGUCAACAGCGAGAGAAUAUCUAUGCCUUCACAGGUCACCUUACUAAUUGAGACCUUGGACCUGGCGGUGGCGUCCCCAGCGACAGUAUCACGUAACGGCAUGGUGUACAAUGACUACAAAGACUGGGGCUGGUGGCCUUACGUCAACUCUUGGCUCGAAACUAUCGAGUCUCCUGAAUAUAGAGAGAUGCUCCGUCGGUUCUUCCUGUCGAUCCUGACGCCGAUCCUGGAGCUGAAGCGCACGUCGCUGCAGGAGGGCGAGUCGGUCCGCGGGCAGGAGCUGACGGGCGUGCGCUGCAUGUGCCGCCUGCUGGGCCGCCUGCCCGAGCCCGCGCCCGCGCUGCCCGACGAGCAGGCCGACAUCGAGGGACUCACCAAGAUGCGCUUCUUGUUUGCUACGAUAUGGUCAGUCUGUGCCACCUUGGAAGACGAGCCACGUCGCAGGCUAGACAACUGGAUACGGGAACAUGAAGGUAUCUUCCCACUGAAGGACACGGUCUACGACUACUACGUAGACGAGAGACUAGCACAGUUCAAACCCUGGGAGGAGAAACUCCCGGACAAUUGGAAAUUUAAUCCCAGCGCUGGUUUUCACACGAUCCUGGUUCCCACUAUGGAGUUCAUUCGAGUCCAGAUAAUAGCGCUGGACAUGUUGAAGGCCGGGUACGGAGUGCUCAUAGGAGGACCCACUGGCACUGGGAAGACAUUCCUUAUACAGGGGACACUCAACAGCUUGGAUCCUGAAAAAUACAGCACGCAAAUAAUCAACAUGUCUGCCCAGACGACGGCCGCCAACGUGCAGGAUAUCAUAGAGGCCAGGCUUGAGAAACGGACCAAGGGGAACUAUGUACCUGCAGGAGGUAAGAAGAUGAUAGCAUUCAUGGACGACAUCAACAUGCCAGUCCGUGACUACUAUGGGUCCCAGCCGCCGCUGGAACUGGUGCGGUUAUGGCAUGACUACGGAUACUGGUUCGAUAGGGCCAAGCAGUGGAGGAAGAAUGUCAAGAACAUGGUACUAUGCGGCGCGGCGGGUCCCCCCGGCGGGGCCCGGUCCCCGCUGCCGGCGCGGCUACUGUCGUGCUUCCACUCCUUCUACCUCGCCUCGCCCACUCAACAACAACUCGUCAAGAUAUUCGGCACCAUGCUCGGCCAGCAUCUGCUGGACUUCGACGAGGAGACCAAGUCUGUCGGUAAGACGGUGCUGAUAGCGACAAUAGACAUGUUCAACAACGUGGUAGCUAAACUACUGCCCACUCCAAGCAAGAUGCACUACCUCUUCAACCUGAGAGAUAUCUCCAAGAUCUUCCAGGGCCUGCUACGUAGUAACAAAGACUAUACGAACACGAAGCCGCGGUUCCUUCGGCUGUGGAUACACGAAUGCUUCCGAGUCUUCUGCGACCGCCUUACUGAGGAGAAAGACCGCGAUUGGUUCCUGAACCACGUGGGCGACAUGCUAGGCAAGCACUUCGAGCUGACGUUCCACGGCCUCUGUCCGUCCAAGAGUCCUCCCUUGUUUGGCCACUUCCUCAACCCAUACGAGGUGUAUGAUGAUAUGAAUGACCCUGACGCGUUGCGCAAAUACAUAUUGAACCAACUAGAAGAGUACAACAGUUGUCCCGGAGUGGUGAAGAUGGACCUGGUGCUAUUCAAGGACGCCAUCGAGCAUGUUUGUCGUAUUGUCCGCGUCAUCUCACAGCCUAGGGGGAACAUGCUCUGUGUUGGUAUUGGUGGGUCUGGCAGAACUUGUCUGACGCGACUGGCGACCUAUAUCUGCGAGUACACGUCGUUCACAGUGGUCGUCACCAAGACAUAUGGUAUCAAGGAGUUCAGGGAGGAUUUAAAGGUUCUAUACACAGGCUGUGGAGUAGACCAGAAGAAGACCACGUUCAUAUUCUCCGACACACAGAUUGCUGAGGAGACCUUCACUGAGGUCAUGAACAAUUUACUGAGCAGUGGAGAGGUCACCAACCUGUACAAACCUGAUGAAUUUGAGGAUAUAAAGAGUGCGUUAGAGAAGCCAAUGAAAGCGGCCGGGUUGAUGCAGACUAAUGAAGUGAUAUACUUGUUCCUGGUGGACCGGGUGCGGAGUCACAUGCAUAUUGUGCUGUGUUUCAGCCCUAUUGGGGAGGAGUUCAGGAACCGUAUCCGGCAGUACCCGGCCCUAAUCAACGCGACAACCACGAACUGGUUCCUGGAGUGGCCGCGGGAGGCGCUGCUGGAGGUGGCCUACAAGUUCCUGCAGGGGGUCGAACUACUCGCCUCCAUCACUGGACCUAGGGUUCGUAGACUGGAAUCGUUGAUAGAAAGUCGCGAGGACGUGCUCCGUGCGUCUGUAGCGUCCAUAAUGUCCCUCAUCCACUCCUCUGUGGGGAAGUACUCCGUCAGGAUGUGGCAGGAGAUGAGGAGGACUAACUACGUCACUCCUACCAACUACCUGGAGCUUGUGGCUGGGUAUAAAGAAAUGCUCAAUGCGAAGAGAAUAGAGAUAGCUCUACAAGCUAACAAGCUGCGGAACGGUCUCGGUAAGGUGGAGGAGACCACCAAACUCGUCGGACAGAUGUCUGAGGAACUCGCUGAGGCCAAGGUGCAAGUGGGCCUGUACACGGAGCAGUGCAUCGAGUACAUGGGCGUCAUCAACGUGCAACAACGCAACGCGGACGAGCAACAGCGCAGCGUCGCGGCGCGCAGCAAGAAGACGCAGGAGGAGGAGGUCCAGUGCAAGAAGCUGGCCGACGCCGCCAUGAGGGACCUCGCCAGCGCCAUGCCCGCGCUCGAGGAGGCCAUCAAGGCCUUAGACGCCCUGAACAAGAAGGAUAUCACUGAAGUAAAGUCUUAUGCGAAACCUCCAUAUAAGGUCGAAAUGGUGUUGGAGGCUGUACUCAUAUUGCUGCAGAAAGAACCAACUUGGGCUGAAGCGAAGCGUCAGCUCGGAGACCAGUACUUCCUGGACCGUCUGCGAGAAUUUGACAAGGAUAACAUAUCAGACAAGACGCUGAAGAAAGUUGGCACAUACACUGUCAAGCCGGACUUUGAUCCUGAGAUAGUGGGCACGGUGUCUGCUGCAGCUAAAUCUCUGUGUCUCUGGGUGAGAGCCAUCGAGAAAUAUGGCAAGAUAUACAAGAUAGUAAAACCAAAGAAGGAGCGUCUGGAAGAGGCGUUAGAGUCGUUACGUAUGAAGCAGCAGAUCCUGGCGGAAGCUCGCGCCAAACUCCGCGAGCUCAGCGAGAUGAUCGCCAGGCUCCAGCGGGAGUAUGAUGAGAAGGUGGCGCAGAAGGAAGAACUCGAGAGACGAUCCAUGAUGCUGCAACUCAAGCUCGAACGAGCUGAAGCACUUAUUACUGGACUCUCUGGCGAGAAGGAGCGCUGGGAGCUAACAGUGGAGCGUUUGGACAAGGAAUUUGACAACUUGCCGGGAGACUGUCUCAUUGCUACUGGCUUCGUAGCGUACCUUGGACCCUUCGUCUCCGAGUACAGGGAGUCUCUCAUGGAAGACUGGUUCUUGGAGGUCUGUAAUGAGAAUCUCCCGGUGACCAUGGACCUCAGCAUGAAGAAGUUCUUACUGGACGACGCUACCCUCCGAGAUUGGAAUUAUAUGGGAUUGCCUGAUGACAACUUCAGUGCUGAGAACGGCAUCAUAGUAGUGCGGGCGACGCGGUGGCCGCUAGCCGUGGACCCUCAGGGACAGGCACUCAUCUGGAUCUCCAGGCUAGAGGAGAAGAAUGGCAUACAGGUCGUGGACUUUGGUCAGCCGAACUAUAUGAGGGUGAUGGAGACCUGCCUCUCAACCGGCAAGCCAAUAAUAAUUCAGAAUGUUGGCGAAGUACUGGAUCCUUCCGUAGCUCCUAUUUUGGAGAAAGCCGUCGUCACCAUCGGUUCCUCGAAGGUCAUCAAGUUUAAUGACAAGAUGGUCUCCUACCACGAAGACUUCCAUCUUUAUUUGACUACUAAACUUGGUAACCCUGUGUACACUCCGGAGACUUUAACGAAGACGACGAUGGUGAACUUCGCGGUGAAGGAGCAAGGACUAACGUCUCAACUACUUGGCAUCGUCGUACGCAAGGAGAGACCUCAACUGGAACAGAUGAAGGACACGCUUGUAUUGUCCAUCGCACAUAACAAGAAAGUGCUUGUUGACUUAGAGAACGACCUCCUCCGCAUAAUGUACGAGUCUCAAGUCCCUCUUCUGGAGAACGAGGAGUUGUUCAUAACUCUACAGACCUCACAGAGGACCUCACUUGAGGUCAAGGAGGCACUUAUCACAUCACAGGUCACUGAGAAAGAAAUCGACACUGCUAGAGCGGGUUACGUCCCAGUGGCAAUUCGUGCAUCAGUGCUAUUCUUCGCCCUGAACGACUUGUCCCGUAUCGACCCAAUGUACCAGUUCUCCCUGGACGCAUACAUCGACCUGUUCAUGUACUCUAUAGACCGCAGUCCUAAGGCGGGGGAACUGGAGGACAGGAUCAAUAAUCUUAACGAGUUCCAUACCUAUGCUGUUUACAAGAACACAUGUCGCGCAUUAUUUGAACGACACAAGCUACUGCUGUCAUUCCACAUAGUAUCCCGGAUUCUAUUCCAGAAUGGCAAGAUGAGUCGCAAUGAAUACAUAUUUCUCUUGAAGGGCGGAGUUGUCCUCGACAGAUCGGAACAACCGGAUAAUCCUACCAAUUGGAUGCCCGACGAGUGCUGGGACAAUAUAACAGAGUUGGACAAGUUGCCCGGCUUCCACGGCAUUGUGGACGUGUUCGAGCCACUCAGCAAGGAGUGGAAGGAGUGGUAUCUACAUCCAGAGCCUGAGUCACAGCCUCUUAUUGGCGACUGGAACGACAUCUGCAGCGAGUUCCAGAAGAUCCUGUUCAUCCGAUCACUGCGCGUGGACCGAGUGUCUGCCUGCGUCACUACGUUCAUCAUCAACGUACUCGGCCCAAGAUAUGUCGAGCCGCCUGUGCUCGAUAUACGGGCGGCGUGGGAGGAGUCGUCGUGGAAGACGUCCCUGUUGUUCGUGCUGUCCCCGGGCGUGGACCCGACGGCGGCGCUCAUACAGCUGUCGCAGGACGUCAAGAUGUUCGACCGGUUCCAGUCGCUCAGUCUGGGGCAGGGACAGGCUGCCACCGCUACUAGGAUGCUAUCGCACGGCAUGAAGGAGGGAGGCUGGGUGUUCCUGGCCAACUGCCACCUGGCGUGCGAGUGGCUGGGGUCCCUGCGGGGGCUGGACAACCCCAAGAUCCACCCCCGGUUCCGCCUGUGGCUGUCCUCCAUGCCGGACAACAAGUUCCCCCUGCACAUGCUGCAGCGGAGCAUUAAGAUGACCACGGAGCCGCCACAGGGCUUGAAAGGCAACCUGGUCCGUUUAUUCGCGAACAUAAACGAGGACAAGUUCGACGAGGCGACCCCGAAGUACCGGCGCCUGUUGUUCUGCGUGUCGUUCUUCCACUGCACGCUCAUCGCGCGCAAGCGGUUCCGGCAGCUCGGGUACAACGCCGUCUACAGCUUCAACGACGCGGACUUCGACGUGUCAGACAACUUACUGGCGAAUUACUUGGAAGAAUACGAGGAAGUUCCAUGGGACGCGCUCAGGUAUCUGUUCGCGAUCAUCAACUACGGGGGACAUAUCACGGACGACUGGGACAAGCGAGUGCUCAUCGCAUACAUAAACCAGUUCUUCAAUGAAGAGGCUCUCGAAACUCCUUUCUAUAGGCUGUCGACGAUCCCCGCGUACCACAUCCCCCGCGACGGGUCGCUGGAGUCGUACCGCGACUUCCUGGACCUGCUGCCGGGCUACGAGCGCGCCGAGUCGCUCGGCCAGCACGCCUCCGCAGACGUCGCCACGCUCGCGCAGGAUGCCCUGAUAAUGUGCUCUACGUUAUUCGCCCUGGCCAGUACGGGCGGGGGCGGUGCGGGGGGAGGGGAGGACCAAAAGGUGGACGAGUUAGCACAGGAGAUGCUGACGAAACUACCAGCCCGGAUAGACCUGGAGACGACGGAGCGUAUGAUGGGCCCGGAGAUUGUGAUGCCCAUGUGUGUCUCGCUGCUGCAGGAGAUCGGAUACUAUAACUUUCUCCUCAAUAUCAUCAUUUCUGGCCUCAAGGAGCUUCGACGCGCAAUCGAAGGUCUGGUGGUGAUGUCGGAGAUGCUGGAGACGAUGUACACCUGCAUUUACGAAGGCAAGACUCCAAGCUUCUGGCUCAGAGGCCGGCCGUCCAUGAAGCCGCUGGGCGCGUGGUGCCGCGAGUUGUUCCUGCGCGGGGCCCACCUGACGGGCUGGGCCGGAGCCCCGCGCGCUCCGCCCACGCUCUGCUGGCUGCCUGCCUUCGUCGCGCCCACCGGUUUCCUCACUGCCGUCAUGCAGACGACGGCGCGAGGCGAGAGUUGGCCCAUUGACACUCUGUGCUGGGAGUUCACCGUAAUGCCGCUGGAAGAGGCUGGCUUCGUGCGCCCGCCCAGAGAUGGAGGGGUCUAUAUCAGAGGCCAGUACCUGGAGGGCGCGUCAUGGUUCCGUAAGGACGGCCACCUGCAGGAGCCGCUCCCCAUGCAGCUAGUGUUCCCCAUGUCCCCCAUACACUUCAAGCCAGUCCGCGUCACUGGCAAGCGCACGCGCAACCGCUACGUGUGUCCAUGCUACUAUUACCCGCUCCGCAUGGGAGCGUUCGUGGUGGCCGUGGACCUGCCGGCCGGGAAGGAGACGGCAGAGUUCUGGGUCAAACGCGGCACUGCCAUGCUCUGCACGCUCGCCACGUGAAUUCUACACUGCAUACUUGUAUACUCAUUGUUUCUCAUAAAUA